AUGCCAUUUGUUACAGAAUGCGAUCUUGGAAACUAUGGACUGAAUUGCUCCUCAGUUUGUAGUUCUCAUUGUUUUAACGACGUAACUCAAUGUAAUAAAACUACUGGAAACUGCAUGCAAGGAUGUGAAGCCGGAUAUAUGGGUCACAACUGUUCUAAGGAAUGUACAGCUGGUACAUUUGGUCGUGAGUGUAGCAGAACGUGCACCAGCAACUGUCUACAAGGUUUAAAUCAGUGUAGCACAAUUUCUGGAGAAUGUCAAAUUGGAUGCGUGUCUGGAUUUCAAGGGCUUAACUGUUCGACUCCGUGUAAGACGGGACGAUUUGGUGUAAAUUGUAGUUCGUACUGCAGUAUCCAUUGCUUCAAAGGAAUUGAACAAUGUAACAAAGCAUCGGGUGUAUGCAAUGAAGGUUGUGAAGCAGGGUACAUGGGCAAUAAUUGUUCGGCAGUUUGUCCUGAUGGUCAGUAUGGUCGAGAUUGUACCGGAACUUGUAGUGAUCACUGUAAGAACGGUAAAGUUGCAUGUAACAAAUCAACAGGAUAUUGUAUCAACGGCUGUAAUCCUGGAUUCACCGGGCCUAAAUGUUCUCUAGACUGUCCACAAGGCACAUUUGGUGUAAACUGUAGUGGUAAAUGUCAUUGUCAAGGUGAAACAGAAUGUCGCAAAUCAGACGGGAAUUGCAGUAAUGGCUGUGCGUUUGGAUGGUCAGGAUUCAAUUGUUGCAAUGGAACUAGUGGAACAAUGUUUGGAUUGGAAUUGAUAAAUGGUGGUCCUGUAUAG